GGGGCGGUGCGUGAGGGGAGGCAGGGCCGGGCUCGCCGCGCAGCUCGGCAGCCGCCGCCUCGCUGGGAACUCUCUCCUCGGCGCCUCUUCCCGCCGGGCCGGGAGCGCCCUGGGGGCAGCGGGGCCGCUAUGGACUCCGGCAGCGAGACCCACGAGCUGAACGGGCUGGCGGAGGGCGCGGAGCAGGCGGCCGGAGAGCGGCGCAGAACGCCACAGUGGUUUCAAAGGAACGGGCCGAUGAACAUCAACCACUACGCCAACAAGAAGAGCGCAGCAGAGAGCAUGUUGGACAUUGCCCUGCUGAUGGCCAACGCGUCCCAGCUGAAAGCCGUGAUGGAGCAAGGACCUUCUUUCUCCUUCUACAUCCCGCUCAUCGUUCUUAUCAGCCUGUCGCUCGCGCUACAAGUUUUGGUGGGAGUGCUCCUGAUAUUCCUUGUAAAAUAUGACCUUAACAACCCUGCAAAACAUGUAAAGCUGAAUUUCCUCAACAACCUUGCAACAGGCCUAGUAUUCAUUAUAGUAGUUGUGAAUAUUUUUAUCACUGCCUUUGGAGUGCAGAAGCCGGUUCCUGAGUCAGCAUCCAAGCAGUAGGUACCAGAGACCUGAGGCAUUCAUUCUAGAUGCCAUUUGCACUUGAGCCAGUAACACAGUGGGGAAAAAAAUUAUCAAAGAAGCUGGACAUAUAUCAUCUUGCUCGACUUUCCAACAACCAACACAUUUGUGUACCUAGAAUUUUGCCAUGUGUUAAUUUUUAAGCUGUUUGGCACCCAAGGAAAGGUUGAUUUUCACCCAAGGAAUAUCGGCAUUUCCAUUUCCAUAGAAACAACUGUUUUUCAGAGAAGUGGCAUAGGCUCAUCAAACAAGGUCAUAUCAACUGGUGGCACUUUACAGGACUUUUGGUUUUAUGGCAAUGUGUUAUGUCCAGCAUGGUAAGAAGCGGCAGGCCUUUGGAGCUGGUGUGCUCACGUUGUCCUCUGUGUCGCUCACUUGGCACCAAACCCGCAUGCUUUCCCUUUGCAGUGAGCUAAGGCAGCUGUGCCUUAUUUUAUUCUUUUUUAUCUUUUUCUACCAGAAACCGCAAUCUGUCUUGUGUCCAGUUGUGCUCACAGGUACUCCUUGUCCUGUUUCUUCAUCUCUGGCCCACACUUAAAAUAUCCUCGCCUUUGUGCACAGACACACAAAUCACCUAACUGCUAAUGGUUUCUUUCUGGUGACUGCUGUACUCUGUAUCCUGUGCCUUAUAUGUAUUUCUGGAAAUACUGUUAGAAGUGCUGCCUUUUCUAGGCCCAGCUGGAAAGCUGGAGGAUAUGGCAUGAGCUUCACCUGCUAACUGGUACCUGUCAGCAAGUCAAGUCACCAGUUGAAAGAAUUUUAUCCCUCGGUAACUUACUUUUCCCUCUUCUCUCCCCAAGGCUGGUCGCUGCAGUUGUGUUAUUCCUAGGAGUUUAUAGCUAAAAGCAUAACUAAUUUUGUAAUUUUUAUUUUUAAAUAUAUAUAGAGUGAUAUAAGUACGUUCUAAGUUCUUACCUGCUGGCUCAGGGACUGACACUUUUUCUAAAUACACUAUUGCUAGUAACGGUGUGGGUUAUAAAAAUUUCCGCAACAAGAACAUUUCAGUCAUUUCAUUUCCAAAGUAUCCCAUCUGCAAUCAGAAAAAAUGCCAGUUUUGUAGCUUCUGCUUACUUGUAGAUGCAAAUUUGUACUAGUACAUUUCCUUACCAUUACUUUUUUAAUGCUUCGUUGUACAUAUUAAUAGAAGUUUGACUUCCGUGUGUCUCAUCUCAUUUACAAGUUUUAUUGAUCAUAAUUCUCUUCAGUUAUGUCUCAAGGCCCUAUGAUGAACCAUAGCUUCAUUUACGUGUUCUGUGAGAAUUACUAACAGAAAACAAAUCCGAAACUUGUGUGAUUAGUAAUGGAAUAGACAUUCCUUUUUAUUUUUCAUUCGUCUUUUGUUGCUUCAUUUCCAGCUGAAAUCUGGCAAGUGAUGGUUUUAAUUGUGCGUGUUGUACUAAUUUAAACAUAGCUCAGAACAAGUUCUGAAGGGAGCACUCAGGACAAUUUUCCUUAUUUAAUUUUGCAAACCAGCAAAUUGUUGAAGGACUAUUCAGACACACUUGUGCUGUCGCAGUUUCGGUGUUGUGUACUGAACAGACUGGCCCAACAGCAGUGCUGAAAACCUUAAAAACCUUUAUUUUGGAGAAAAUAGGUGACUGUAGGCAGAGCCCUUCCAAGUGUGAAAUUUGUCUGUGGCUCAACAUUGGGCAGGAAUUUUGAUAAGAUUCUUGAAUGUACCACUUUGUUGACCUCUCACCUUCUUACCCACUGGAAUAUUUGCCCAUCUGUGCAUCCCAUUCAGUCUGGAGUGGCUCCCUGGAGGCACCUACCUCUGCUGUACAGGACACUGUACCAAAGCUUUCUGCAAUGCUUUCUCUGUGUUGUCCUCAGUACGUUACCCAUUGAAAAGAUAGUUACUUUUAACUUCUGUAUGAAUAUUGGAUAUUUUUCAUUGCCAGAUUUGCGUCUUUCUAGUUUUUUAAGCAAGACAUAACAACAGGAAGAAACGUGUUUCUGGCACUUAGCUAAUCCUCUCACUUUUUCACUUGUCCCUGCUACUUUGAAGGCAGAUGCAAACAGACGCUGGGGCUCUGCUGCUGGUUCUGGUAUUUCUGUUUGGGGGGGAUUUGGCCCAAUUUUGAAGAUAGCUUUGUGCUGGGGUGCUCCUCACUGCCACGGCAUCUCCUGUGGCGCCAUGGUGUUUGGCACUGACGCACCUCAAAGCACUCAGAGGGGGUCGUGGUACAGACGUGCCAGGUCUUUCCCCACUUUAUUCCCCUCGUUAUUGGACCAUAAUUUUUCAGGUCACUCAAGCGAACAAGCUGUUACAGUCGCUUUCCCCUGGGAAAUACAGUCGCUGUUCUUGUCGCAUCUUCACUGCUAAGCUGUGGCCCGACAGAAACUCCCAUGGCUGGUGUAUCGCAUCUCCCAGCGGCUUGUGCAGCGAACGGGGUGCGGAGCAGCGGGGCAGGGAACGCUCCCAGGCUUGUCCGCUGCAGAUUCCAAUGGACUUUGCAAGACAUGGGUUUGGUUGAAGACACUGGUGCCAAGAGCUGGAUGUGUACAUCUGCAUUAAGGGGGUGAGUGCUCACUUCAAAUCUGACCGAGACGGGUGCAGAACAACAACAACCCCAUUGGAAACCCUCCUGCCUCCUGAGCUCCUGAAGGUGUGACCGAAGCACCACAACAGAGAUACCUGCAACAUCAUAGAGCCUGCUCUCUUGGUUCCAGACACACAAAAACCUGAUCUGCAAGCCAUCCAAGUACAAGGCUGUGCUCGCAUCAUGUGCAACUGGAUGUCUUUUUUAAAAUAAAAAGUAUGCUGGUUUAUCA